UGGAGGAUUUGGUUGUUGUCAGUGUCGGACUCCUGUGGUCGGUGAAAUGAAUUUUUGUCGGCAUGAUUUUUUACUGAUAUUCAUGGUGUAAUGGGUGGAUUCGUCUGUUCCGUCGCGAUUACGAUAAUGCAUUUCGAAAAUCGUCGCGUUCCUGGUCUCAUGAUAGAACCCUCCGUCCGAUUUCCAUAGGGGCUUUAAACCCUUGAAAUCAAUUUGCUACAAUGCCGAAAGCUCCUUCUACAUCAAGUGCUCUUUCGUUGCAAAAUGUCAACCAGGUAUUAGAGUCUGUGUCACAACUUACUCCUCCCGAGAAAUUGCUCCUUUACCUUAAGCUUCCAACCGGUCAGCCUCUUGUUAACCCGCUCAAAUCUCCUGUUAACCCACUUGGCAGUAGAUUUGAGAUCACACAAACAAUCAACUGGGUGCGAACGCAUUUCAUAGAAGAUAAAAAUGUUUCCUUACCAAAACAGAAUAUCUAUGCAGAGUAUUUAGAAUAUUGCGCCCUAAACAGCAUGAAACCGUUAUCCACAGCUGAUUUUGGGAAGGUGAUGAAACAAGUUUUUCCUGAAGUACGUCCCAGAAGGCUUGGCACUCGAGGUAAUUCUCGGUAUUGCUAUUCUGGACUUGGAAAGAGAAGGUCAUUGAGCUGUCCAUAUUUACCAGAGAACUUGUGUGAGGAACUUGAGACAAAAUCAGGGAAGAAUGACACAAAGUCUGCACCUGUCCUGCAAACCCUAGAAGAGAAAUCAAGCAACCAUCUGAAUAGCGCAUCUGUGAAUAGUGAUCGUGGAGGCAGUAGGUCAAGUGUGCUCCUGAAUGGCUGCUCAAGUGAAAUUAAAAAAGAAACAGAUGUUUCUCAAGGUAGUGAUACUGCAAUCUCACCACAUCAGACCAAAAACAAUUCAAAGACCAGGAAAAGGAAAAUAUCGGGACCAACGCUAGGGAAAAAAGAUCAGUCAGAAUCAAAUAGAACGAAGCAACCCAAAAAACUUUCAGGGCUAGAUGGAACACCCAAUCGCACUGCAGAUGAAAAGUGUACAACUAUCUGUGAUAUCAAACAGUAUCCUCCGACUAAGGAUAAGGGUUUGACUUGUAGUUAUACUAAGCUUGAUCUCGAUAUUUCUACUGAUCUCAAUGGUGGUAAACCAAGGGAGGCAUCCUCAAAUAUCAGUCGAAGUUACAGUGUAGACCUUCCCUCCACUAACAUGUACAAAUCUACUUCUAGAACAGUCUCAGUAGAUGUGAUUGGUGAUUAUGGAUUAUCGGACAAAGAUCUGGAGACCGUAAGCAAUCCAUUUGACUCAAAUGUAUCUUCGAACAUUAAUUUACAAGACUCAGGAAUCAGUUCAACUCAAGAACAACUAUCAGCCCUUAUUUCAAAUUCUUCAAACGGUAACACAGUUUCAGAGUUGAAUUCUUUUGUUGUCACUUCUCAGAGUACGGAAAAAAAAUUACCACUUCCACGACUGAGACCUGUAAAAAUAUCUGGGCCAAGUCAAGUUGCUAAAAUCAUAAUUCUUCCAUCAAAUGUAAUCAAGCAGACUUCUGGCUGGCCAUCACGUCAAUACAAACCCAUUCAACCCAGGCCUGGGAAAGAAUCAACUGGCCAGAAUACUAACUUCCUUGAAAAAAGUAUUGAUUCUAGUAUGAGCGAAGCGCCGUCACUUGUGCUUAAAGACGAACCAAAAGACAUUUUGAACUAUGAUGCUCUGCCAAAACUGGAUGCUUUGGGUAAAGACGCGCUGGAUACUUACUUGAAUGGUGAAGGCAACUCUCAAGAACUUGACGAAGAAUUGCUGCAGUACUUCAAGCCGGACUUUUCAUCAACAGAAGUAACAGACCUCUCUAAUCAGACUGUAUCUUUAAGUCAUGUCGAUGGAUUAUUGGAGGAUAGUCGUAGCUCAAUGGUGCUGGUCAAAGGAGUGAAAAAUAAAAUCCCUACAAGCAAAAGCUCUGUUCCAUUUUACCAACCUUCAUCUAUAAGUGAAGCACAUCCACCUAAUAGGUGCAUCACAGAGCUUCAAAUUGUCGAUGGUUCUAAUCUCCUGUUACCAUCCCCGGCAAGCUCUGUCGUCCUCAAAAGACAAGCAAGUUUUGAUUCUGGUGUGCGGGACUUGGAAACUCCACUGAACAUUCCUCCAAGCCCAAACACACGCUGUAAAUUAUUUAAUUUUACUCCUAUUUCACCAAGACCUUCUUCCCCACUAAACGGAAUGAGAGAGAACUCCAAAUCAUCUUGUGACACAAGUAUCCAAAGUCCAUUUAUAUCCCCUCGCACGACACCCAGUCGUGCUGUUGCAGUCUCCGACUCAGCAACUACCAAGUAUCCAGCAAGAUUUCGGUCUGUUUCCACCACUUGCAAGUCUAACAGCUUGAUAGGGAACCCGAGUCCUAUCUCCAAAAAAACACACGAUUUACCAUCUUUCAAUGACUUGGUCAAAAUGUCAAAACCCAAAAACCACUGCAAGUUGCUCCCACCGAUCUCUCCUGUCUCUACGCCAAAUUCCCCAGUUUUCUCAUUUAGUGAGGUACGUAAAGACUCUGCAGCACUCGCAAAGACUUCAACAAUCAAGGCUCCGAAUGGGCUUCAAAACAAUUUUUCAGAUGCUUGUUUCACCUUCGAUAGUUAUGGAAGUCCCAGAUCAAAAUCUGUUCCCGCGAAAGAAAUACCCAGGAGUAUUUCAGGUGAUGAUCUUGGGGUAUCAAUGAUGCUGGAUGAAAAACCAUUCCUAUCAGGAAUUAAAAGCCCGGUUGUGGAUUCAGAUAAUAAUUUGGAUAAAAUGUUAACAUAUUAUGAAGAAGAUGCUGAGUUAGAUAAAAACAGAUUGUAUAUGGAUGUUCUGAAUGGUGAAUCUUCAUUCAAUUCUGGUGACAGUUCUCUGUUGUGCAGUGAUGAUCCUAUUGGGUCUAAUUGCUCUGUGAACCUAGGUCGACGAGACACGAAUAGUCUCCAGUCAUUUCUUCACUCAGACCAAAUGCCCACACCUUUAGACUGCCUGCUAGGUGAUGUUGAUAUGGGGCUAAAUGGUCUCUGCACAGAUACAAUGGAUGUCUUCUCUCCUGGUUUACCGCCUAUGCCUAUUGAUUAAGUAUCUUAGAGUUCCAACUUUCCCCUUUUUUCCCCUGCACUUUGGUAAUUUUUGUGAAAAUUUCUCAAUAGCCUUGGAUUUAAGCCUAUAUCGUGUUCCCUCGAACUGAUUAUCUUUAUUUAAAGGAAUUGAAAAGGAGAACUUAUGAUAAGUAGGUUUAAAUUAAGUAAUUCCAAAGUACAUGUAUAUAUCUCUGUAGCUCUUUCUAAAAUACGGAAAUGGAGUAAAUCUAAUUCAAAAACUUAAUAACAUUUUUAGAUAAAGGAGAGAGAUUUUAAAUUCUAGCUAAACUCCACAAAGCCAUAAAGAAGCUUGAUCCGAGCAAAUUACCUAAAAUGCCUGAAGUGAGUGAUCAUUGCCUCACUGAAAAAUAAAUGUACUUUUUCUCCGGAAAAGGUUUCUAAAUUAUCUUCUCAAAUUACAUAUUAAGAGAUAAUUUAAAUAUGUUUAAUUUUCUUACAAUAUUGGUAGCAGUGCACAAGUGCAUAUUCUGUACCCCUGCACUCUCAGUUUUACUUGAUUUCAUUGUUAGUUUGAGGUGCUAUUUUCAGAAAGCAACCGGUUAAAGGACUAUUUGCUUUGCAUAGCCUCUUAAUUCUUAUGUUUUAGUUUCAUACUCCUCUCACUGUUCCAUCCACAUGAAGCAUAUAAAUUUCUUAUGAUUUUUAGUGUACUUUCUGAAGGAAAUAUUUUUGUUUCCGAUUAAUUUACACUGUGGCGUGGGUGGAUACGAUAUGAAAUCAAUAUUCCUGUUAAUCCAAGUACGGAAAAUGGACUGUAAUGUCCAUUGUUAUGGCAUAAUUCAGCACGAAAUAAAAUUUUUAAAUUUAUUUGAAGUGUGAUUUUUUUUCACACUGUUUAACGAGAAAAUUGAUUAUAAAGACUUUUGUACCCACUUACGCUAUGGUUCUCUUUCCAAGAUGAUGGAAAUGCAAACUUACCUUGCUUUUUCUCAUGGAACUCCUUCCAAGAUGUUGGAAAUUCAAACACCUUGUAUUUUCUCUCUCUGGCUCUAGAUUGAUGAGUAGUUGAUGAUAAUACUCAAAAAAAUUUUUUAGGCGUUCAUUAUUCAAACCGAAUUUUUUUUCUUUCUGAAUUUUUUGUCAUAAUCAUUGAAUGAACUGCGCUUACACAUUUUCAACGCUAUCUUGGUGCUCCUUUACACUAAUCUCAGCCAGCAUUGUUUUCAACUCCUUCCUCUCUCUCUUUCUUCCUCCCUUUUUUCUUCUUUUUCAGUCACUGUGAAAUCAAACCUCACAUUAAUUUGUCACCUUGACAACUGUUCCGCCUUCUGUUUCUAAAGAUCAGAGAUUAUUCUAUGAAUACUCUCUAACAAAAUAUUCAAUUCUAAAAUAAGAGUUAAGUUUUUUGUUCAUUCAAAAAGUGUGUUUUUUAAACCAUUGUUAUUUCGGCUGUCUCAAAAUCUGGUGGCUGACUUGAAAACCCUUGCCUCAUCAAGAAUAGAUGAAGUUCAAGAGUGUUAAUGGCGUGUAGCUUUUAGACUGACUUCUUGUAUAGAAAAAUAAUUCUCUUAGAUCUCAGACCUUCUUUUUUCCUGUUCUUUCGUAAGUUUGUUGGUUUAAUUAAGUAUGAAUCAACAAGUUCAUAAAGGUUUCUAAAGUAUGUGUAAGUUUUAAGACCAGCAAAUCAGAUUUUUCAGGUACCUUCUGGUUAAGGUUAUGAUCAUUUUCAAGGUUACGGUUACACUUUUGAUUAGUAAUCAUUUAACUUUUUUACAACCAAAAGCAGUAAGCCUCAUGGAAAUCAAGAAAACAACCACCGCAAAUUAGGUGAAUUCCAGUUUCUUUUUAUGAAUUUAAUAUUCAAUUUUUUUCCUAUCUGUUAUGUGUCUAACAUGUAGGUUUUGGUCCUAAGUUUUGAUUGUAAGCUGUCUGCCUGUGAAACUCUUAAAUCCUGCCUUUUGACUCAUCCUGAUUUUAGUAGGAGAUGGAUGAUCAAAGUGUGAAACCUUGUAUUUACAUAGUGGUGGCUCAAAAUUUCUGAACCUAUUUUAUUUUUUUGAAGAGAGACAAGUUAACUUUGUAGCUUGAAAUCUAUGCAGAAUAUUUUUCAGAUAGAGUAGUAAAAUCAAAAAAGUUUUCAAGGAGUUGAGUUGGGAUAAAUUAAGACAAGAAUUCUGCAACGUCCCAAACGGAGAUACUUGGUCACACACUUUGGCCAUUGAUUCAUCAAUUGAAUCCCCUCCUGGCUAAUUUUUUUGGAAAUUCCCAAAAUCUUAGAAAUUUUCAAAGUACUUGAAAUCAUCAUUUACAGUAGAAUCUUUUUUAAACUUUCUUUUGUAUAAUAGUAGUACCAUUGAUUUGCUUAUGAUUUUAAAGGACCAAAAUAUCUAAUUGUUAAUUUGGUAUGAUAUGAACCCAAAAUGUAUGAUCGUAGCCACAUCCUAAUUUUUUUAUGGAAAUUUCAAAUGUUGUACAAUGAAGCUCUUCUCUGUAGAAUGCAGAUUGUAUCUGCGCGUAGCAAUUCUAGGUUGUAGAUAUGUUUGCCACAUGUUAAAUCGAACAGGAGACUAAAGUAUUCUUAAUUUUAAUGCUAUAGUAUUUCUGAAAUGUAGUUCUAUCUCGUGACUGGUGUAUAAAAGUCAUUUUGAAAUUUCUGGGACUAAGCUUUUAUUGGAUCGCUCAACUGAGUGCAUGCUGCAUUUUUAAAAUUUUUCUCUGAAAACGUGACUGAGACUAGUCAAGAAUUUGGUAUUAAUGAUAAUGCUGGGUGACGUAAGCAUUAAUACAAGUAAGAGCAGCACAGAGCUUCUUCUGAAAUGAGCUCAGUGUUAGAGAAAAAAUUAAAAGAAAUUAACGAGAGGGCAACUAUUAAAAGUUUGUAACAAGUUCUUCACCCUCGUCUCUUAUCAGAGAAACGGCAUUAUUUAUUUUGGAAAUUAGUAACUUUCGUAACAAUUUAUGAAUGAUUUUUCUGCAAUCUACAUUUUCAUGCAAUCUGAUAUUUUUCAAUGAUUGUUUUUGCCAUGUGUGUGUUUGUGAAUGUUUGAUUGUUUCUGGAAUAAGAGUAUGUAUGCCUUGCCUAUGUAUGAGCCCAGCUUGUUUCAUCAAAUGGUUGAUGGUAUUUAAGUAUUAGAUUUUUCAUUUAUUUCUGUCUGCUGUGGCAAGAAGAGAAGAAAAAUCAAAUGUAUUUUUUUCAUGAAACCUCAGCAAUCAACAUUAUACUUUUUAGAACGUAUCCCACCUUGAAGGGACUGUUUUCAGAACUAAACUCCUUGAUUGUUUUCUAUGUUUUACCUUAGUCACUGUAAAAAUCAAAUCAACUACUUUUCCAGAGAAGCGGAAAAGAGUUAUGCCACUGUUCCCUGAAAAGGUGAUGUCGAUAAAUAAUGAAUCACUUUUAUUGUAUCGUCAAGAAUUUCUUUACUCCAAUUUUCACAAAUAGGAGAACCUUUAUUGGAGGUAAGCAAUCCAAUAAAAAAAAUUAGAUCAUUAAGUUAAAAUAUAAAUAAACCCUUUGACCCUCAGAGUAUAAAUUUUAAGCUGUGAGAGUGGAAUGAUAAGAUUGUUCAGUAGAAAGGAGAAAUGACCGCAGAACAAUUUGCAGAUUCUUAAUUUUCUCAUGAAAUGGUGCGUUGAUAAAUUUUUAUCCUGAAGGCAUAAUCCACUAAGCAGUUACUUGGAAGUAGGUAGCUCUAGCUGAGUACAAUGAGCUCAGUUCAAGAACAAGUUAAAAAAUAACCAAAGAAGAUCGUCUGAUGCUUCAAAUUUUUUCAAGCUGUUUUACACUCGAAAUUUUUACUCUUAUGUCUUUUGCAUUUACAUUAUUCCCACUUGAAGUCUUCUCUAUAAUUAAGUCACAUCAACGUCCUCUAUUAAUAAUCUUUUUAACCAACUUUCACCAUCCCCGCUCUGUGACUUUGGGGCCAAGUAUUAUUUCCAUAGCUCCAUUAAAAUGUAGAUGUACUCCAAUUACUUUUUAAUUGACCCUUGUUAAGUGUGCAAAAUAGUUUCCCUACUUUGAAUACCUAAGUCAUUCCCAAGUCAAUGAGCUUGUUUAGUUCUUGCGUGUUCGAAAUGUAAAGGGUGUACUUAGUUUACAGGAAUUACCCUGAUUUUUUUUUUAAAAAAAAGAAGAUAGGAAGCCACCAAAAACGAGUUGAAAGUUGCAUUUUUGUUAGCUUUUUUACAAACCUUCACCUCUUGGGAAAGCCAAGAUGGUGGCAGAAAAUAUCCUUGGUAACCGCUACCCAGACCAUAAAUUGUGAUGGAGAAGUUGCAUGGGUUUAAGAAUACCUGUGACAGGACGAACGUUUUUUUAUGUCAUCUUGAUUUUUCGGGCACUGCAUGUUUCAGUAGGACUUCAAAAUAUGCAUCUUUGAACGCGUUUUUUGUAACUUAAUAUUGUUUUAAAAAAAUCAGAAAAAUUCCUGAGAACUAAGCGCAUCCUCCACUUUUCAAGAAUUAAGAAUCGCUGAACGAGCUCAUGCAGAGAUAAUUUGCAUAUGUACAAUAACUUUCUGUACCUUGUUUAUUUCCAGUGCAUGUAUUUAUAAUUAUCUUUCUUCUAAUGAGACAUCUUUUUAUCUAUUUAACUUCAUAUCUCAUGAUUUAUCCUGAGGUCAUUUUUAUUGCUCUGAAUUGCUGUUUGUCUGUAAUUUUAAUUUCAAUCAAGUUGCUUACUUUGAAUCUUCCCAAGAUCCUUUUUACACUUUUAUCUUUAACUUUUUAGGCUAUGUAUCGCUGUAUAAUUUUUUAUUUAAUUUUAAUUUCAACCUUGUAGUUAUCGAUAGUUUUUAUUUCUGUUGAAUAUGUGUUUAUGGAAAUUGUGUUUUUCUUUGUCACGUUUUUGAAGCGAUUGUGAUAAAUUUUAUUGUUGAAAAAUUCAAUUUAUUUUUCACUAAGUUUAGAUUUUUUAUGAAUUAAUCAAAGUCAAUGGCAAUCAGGAAACAAUUCAUUUUUAAUCUAAUCGCAUUUCUAAUAAUGUUUUAAUUACUACCCAUUUUUUAAGAUUAGGUUUUACCCUGUAUUUCAGCAGAGGACUUGGUCGAUUUUUUCAUCUUCUAAAUCAUGUUGUAGUUCAAUAGAAAAGUAUAAUUCAAGCUGUUCUAAAAAAUCACUCAUGUUUUGUAUCUCAGUUUCAUAUCUGGCUCUUUAUCAUGCAACUUUCCCUACUUAAUAUAACAACCAGUGUUUGUUGGAGAAAUGUUACAGGCAACUUUUAGAUAAAAUUAAUUUUAAUUUUUGUAAAAAUCGAAAAUUGAUUUCGCUGAUUUCUUUCGGUUCUGUUGCCCCAAUUUAAAGUUUCAAAGAACAUAAACACUAAGCUCAAAAUAAAAAGGAGGGGUAUCAAUGAGAACCGUUCUUGGGCCCACCCUGAAUUUCCUCAAUUCUUCGAUUUUUGUCUUAUUAAAGGUCUAUAUUUUAGGGAAUGCAUCAUAAUCUUAGCACCGUCAGCCUCUUUUCGGGUCUAGCACUUACUGGCCUGAACAUGUGUCUGAAGGCUGACUUUUGGGGACAAAUGUGGGUUUUGGGGUUUGCAGUUGAAUGCUGAGAAAUCCACACUUUUCGCCAAAAUCGUCCGUUAGACUCUUGUUUAGGUAGUAUUAGACCCUAAUGGAGGCUGAAAAUGACCAAGUCAUGAUGCAUAGCAAAAAAUAGUUAAAUUGGAAAUUAAGUAGGAUGGGUCGUAAUUCAUCCCUUCUCGACACCCCUACUUUUCAAUGAGUAAUUUUUGAAAACCUAAGUAGGAAAAUUCAGGGAUUUAAAAGUUUUGUCCUCAUCAUGUACUUUCCACUAGGUGAGAACAUACCGUUGAUAAAGUAAAAAUCUGCCAGAUUUUCUUAAAAUUCCAAUCGAUUAGAGCAACAGGACCAGUUGAGCAUCAUAAGUUUUCCAAAAAUCUGUAAGAUCUUGAUCGAACUUAUCUCUCCCGAUCUGUGCCUAAAUUUAAUGGUUUUUUUUUUUUUUAUUCCUCGAACAAACUCUGGUCUAUCACCUUAUCCUCCUCUCAUUGAAGUAGCCCGUCAAAGAAAAAAUCUUUGUGUAGUCUUAUUGAAAUCAUUUUACUCUUUUAGGGGAUCAAGUCUCGUUUUUCAUAAUCAAUCUAGACCUUGGGUUUUUAUUCACUUCUCAUGUUACCUCCGGUUUGUGCUCCCCUUAGCGUUCUCUUAUUUGCCGGUGUGCUUCAUUUGCUUGGGAUUUUACACCGAAACUCUUUUAAAAUUGAAAUAAGGUUUCUUUCCUCAUAAUUCUUACAAAUACUUCCUUGUAAGCCUUGUCGCACAUUUCUUUUACCAAGAAGACGUUGAUUUCUCCCUUGAGGAGUCACUUAUCAGAUGCAAAGAAAAAUCCAUAAAUUUGAAGGUCAACACAUAUUUGACUCCUCAAGUUUUUUUAAACAUUGUGUCACUAAAAUUCAGUCAAUUGCAUCAUGCUCUCUAGAAUUCCCAUCAUGAAAUGCAAUUGAAGAACACUUGAGAAACGCUUUUUGAUCUGAAUCUGAUAAAAAAACUGGCUCGGUAGUACCAGACUUCAUCAUAAAUUAUCCUAUUUUAUGGUUAAUGUCAGAUCCCAUCAAAUUCCAUAGUUUUACGCUGCAAUUUUUUGAUGUAUGAAAUCCAAACUAUUUAGUCCACCUUUGUCCUUUGCUUUUAAGAAACCCUUUGACUUGUGCCAUUUUUCCCAGCUAUCAGCAAAUCUGUCACUCAUCAAAAAUGUAAUACUUUGUAGACCAAAUGAAAAAUAAAACAAUCACCUUUAUAUGAAAAAGAAAAA